AGUUAGUAUAUACCUGUGUGUGUAUUUCUUUUGUUAGUCAUUAUUGCAAUUUGCGAAAAAAAGAAUCUGAACGAGGAAGCAGUGUAUAAGACUUUACUUAUUACAUUCGGGAAAUACUUGCAAAAAUUCAUAAUUACGCUAAGGAAAAUUAGGAUCAUUUGUUUAGAAGUCAGUAUAUUUAUCACAACAUAUUAAACGUCGCUCCGAAAACCGAACAAAGGAAAAUGGGAAUAUUUGGACAAUCCUCCGGAUUUGAUGCGGAUGUUGAAAAGGCCACAAGCGAAUCAAACACCAAUGAAAAUUGGGCAUUAAUACUUGAUGUGUGUGACAAGACGUCUUCGAAUAGUCGCAAUGCCAAAGAGUGUUUAAAGGCCAUUAUGAAAAGGAUGGGCCACAACGACCCGCAUGUCGUUAUGCAAGCCAUUACAUUACUGGAUGCAUGUGUAAACAAUUGUGGCAAACCAUUUCAUUUGGAAAUAGCGUCUCGCGAGUUUCAGAACGAAUUUCUAAGGUUAUUAGGAAAAGUGCAACCGAAAGUAGCUGCGAGAAUGUGCCAUGUAUUGAAAGGAUGGGCGGAGGGCGACUUCAAAAGCGAUCCUGAACUAAAUCUUAUCCCAUCUUUAUACACUAAACUACGUCAAGAAAAUUAUGAUUUCAGUGGUUCGAGUGACAAACCAACACAAUCUACUGCAAAAAUGGUCACAGCUAAAGAUCCAAAUGCAACUCGACAACAAGAGGAAGACGACUUGGCCAAAGCUAUAGAAUUGUCUUUAAAAGACGUUAAAAAUAGCCCGAAAAACAUUGGUUCUUCAUCCGGUGGCAGUUCAUCCAGUUAUCCAUCAUUAUACCCAUCGGUUUCCAAUAAUGCUACAUCACAUGUAAGUAAUGCAGUGGAAACUCGCCAAGUUCGUGCACUAUACGAUUUUGAAGCCGCUGAGGAAAAUGAAUUGACAUUUGCUGCAGGAGAUAUUAUACACGUACUCGAUGAUUCGGAUCCUAAUUGGUGGAAAGGGUUUAAUCAACGCGGUGAAGGUUUAUUUCCUUCGAAUUUCGUCACCGCAGAUUUAUCAGUGGAUCCUCAACAAUUGGAGAUUAAUCAGCAACACAAAAUGAAAAAAAGUUCACAAUUUGAAGAAGACACUAAGGAACUGCAGCACAAGACUGAAGCCGCAGCGGCAGCUGCUGCAUCGCAGAAGAUUGAGAUAGACGAAAAGAAAAUUGACCGUCUGUUGCAUUUGAUUAAUGAAGCCAACCCUGAAGACCCUUCGCAAGAUACAGAAGAAAUGUUACGAUUGGAACAAGAAGUACAUCAAAUGGGUCCGUUAAUUGAUACAGAGCUUGAAAGAGUCGACCGAAAGCACGCCCAACUGUCGCAACUAUCUAGCGAUUUGGUGGACGCUAUCAAUUUGUACCAUUCUUUAAUGAGAGAUGAUAGAAAUUUAAUGGGAUCUCCUUACGGCGUGAAUAACGUGUCUAGUGUUCCUGGCAUGCCGAAUUACCAUAAUAUGCCCCAACAUGGCUACAACAUGUUAUACGGAUCCAAUGCAGGAUUUAUUGGAGGGUUUAAUAGUGGACCGCACAGUUUACAGGGUAGUCUGCCAUCAGUGGCUUUUCCAACAACUGCUAAUUACCAAUCAAUGAAUAUAUCGAUGCAACCGUACCAAAGCAGCCAAUCGAACUCACAAUCAUCUCAACAUCAAGGUCUUAAUGGACAAUCGAAUUCGCAGAUAAUUUCCCAACAGCCCUUAUCUUUACCACAAAAUCAUUCCCAGCAGCAGAUUUAUAUGGCAUCCAAUGGCCAAAUACAAGGAUCUUCUGCAAAUAUACCUGUUUCAGUUGAUACACAGCAGCUCCAAACGUAUCAGGUUCCACAACAUUAUGCCAUACAAACUCAAUCUCCUUCGGUUCCAACAAAUACCAUGCCGACAAACCAACAGGCGCCACUAACACAUCCCACUCAGAAUCAUCCGCAAUCAUACUUCAGUUCUCCGCAGCAAAGUUCUCUUCAACAAACACCACAGUCAUAUGUAAAUAGUUCUUCCUCUCAGCUUCUGUCAGACCCUACCCCUAUAUAUGUCCACCAAAAUCUGCCAACAAAUGGUCCACCUCAAUCUACAUUUGUAGGUCCUCAACAACAGGCUUCGCACUUGCCACCUCCACUAGACGACCAAUUUGGCCAGCUGCAGCACCAAAUGGCAAAUAUGACAGUUACUUCGCAACCUUAUCAGACAAAUAUGCAACAAAACAUUCCAGUUUACAAUCAACAGCGGUAAAACACUAAAAAAAGUAGAAUGCAUGUUGUCAACAGAAAUAUAGAUAUGGAUCAUCUUCGUUUCUAUCGUCCCCCGUACAGAAGUUAUUCAAAUCAUACAGUUUUUAAUGUAUAUGAAUUUAUUCUAGUAACGCUAGAACGCAGUUUCCUAAAAGAGUUUUUUUCCUACGCUUUGGCCACAUGUUUUAAAAAUGGAAGAGACGUCAAUGUUAUUUUAUCUGGUAUUCAAUAUUAUUCUUGCAUACAUUCAUAAUUAAAAAAAUAUAUAUAUAUUAAAACUAUGUUAUUUAAAACUUGUCAUAUUACAUACAUAUAUUAAUAAAUUAGAAAAAGGUUAAUAAAAUGCAUUGAUCUAUCAUUUUAAUA